CAUACAUACAUCAUACACACAAGAAUCGAACUGUCCAAGCGCUCUCUCUCUCGACAACUAGUUCCCUUCUUUUAAUUAAGUUCUAUGUACCCAAUUAAUGGAGAGCGGUGGAUCUGCAUGCUUCGCUAUUUAGUUUUCCAACCCGAGGCCUACACUGAGUGUAAUUAACAAUGUCGAAGCAGAGUAAUGGUAUUGGGGUAUCCGACGACGCCUCGAUCAGAAGCCUCAGUGAGUUACCGGACGAUGAAGCUUCCAUUCGAUUCAGUAUUGAUCUGGUCGGCGCAGCCAGAAGACAUCUCUCCUUCUUAAGUAUCGUCGCCGAAUCUCCAUGGCUUCACCACUCUAACACUACCCUCUUCUCCAUUCGAAGGUAUGAAGAGCUGUGGAUGCCCUUUAUCGCUGAUCUCACGGUUGGAUCAACAAAGCCUCAGAUGCUUCUUCCUCCUUUGGACAUUCAAUGGGUCUGGCACUGUCACUCCCUGAAUCCGGCAAAAUACCGGCAAUACUGUGAGUCGAGGUUCUCGAAGUUGGUGGGUUUCCCCAUCAUCUUAGAUGACGAGAACGAAGACUACGCUUUGAAUAGAUGCAGGGAUCUCUGGAUUCUUAGGUACCCAUCGGAGCCUUUUGAGCUCGAAGCUGAAACCACCACCGACAUCGAAGAUUCCCUUGCCAAUUCCGUCACGAACGAGGAUAUCUUCUCCCAAGUUUCUAAGAACAGAUCCUUGUAUUCCAAAUUCUCUGAACCUUACAUGUUCGAAAUCGUUUAUUUGAUCGCAGCAAGGCAAAGAUACAAAGGGCUUUUGUAUCUUCUGCAGAGAUUGGGAGACGGACUCUAUCGAGGAAGUUCAAAUUCACUUAUUGUGCCAACAUCGGAUAUCCUGCUGAUGUGGUUGACUCAUCAGAGUUAUCCAUUGGAGUACGCUGGUGACAUGAAGGAGAUGGAAGGGAACCUAGAGAAGGUUAUAGGGGUUUGGGAUUCCGUCAAUGAAAAGGACAUGAAAGCCACAAAGGAGCUGUGGGAGAGAACGUUUGGCCAGCCAUACGAGAAAGCAGGAGCUACCCUGGAUCGAACUCUCUCUACCAAAUCGCUGGUUUAUUGGGAAAUCUCAAACUAUGAUAUCAACAAGAAAUACAAGUCCAUGGAACCCAGGUUCUUGUUGGAGGUAUGCGUUUUUGUGGGGUCGAAAGUCAGAGUCAACGAAAUGGAGAAAGUGACGAAGCAGGAGUUCCUUCGUCUCUGCAGCAUUAAAUGUCAUAAGGAGCUGAGGAUCGACAAGCCAAUCGUCGACGGUGGCUCGUGGAGGAGGACAUGGCAUCUUUACUGCGAGUUUGGGACGAGAGGUGUGGUCAUCGAACGCCGCCGGCGUGGCGGGGUUUUCUUCAGAAGAACAAGUACCCUUAUUGACAAAGUAGUAUUCCCGUGGAACGACUUACUCCGAGCUCCCUCUCUUACUCUGGCGAACGAAAUGGAGCAGCAAACGGAACAGUUGUGCCUGACGGUGGUGGCCUCCAUUACUCCCCCCGUGCAAGCACCUUACCUGUUGAAGUGCGUCCCUGACAGAGUCACCGACGACUCAGGCGCCAUGAUUUCGGACGUGAUACUUAGGAUGAACAGUUAUCAUCCACAGGAAGGACGGUGGUUGUCUCGCACCGUGCUCGACCAUGCCGGCCGGGAAUGCUUCGUUAUCAGAAUCAGAAUGGCCGGAGGAUUUUGGAGAAGAGGAGGAGAAACGCCGACGGCGGUGAAAAGGCAGGAUAGGAUCAUAGAGAUACGUGAAGGUUCUUGGAAGUACAUCGCCGGUUCCAUCGGUACCGCUCCCGAUAAAGUGGUGGGAACUGCAACGCCGGUAGAAGAAGAAUCGGGAGCGAGGAAGGCUUCCUGGUAUCUCUCCACGGGAGACGAGUUAACGAUACAAUGGGAUUCCUCAUCAUCCUCACUGGAUCUUUCCUUCCGCCUUGAAAACAAUAACCCCCUUGAGCCAUCCGAAAAGGUGAGGUUGCUAAGAGGUAGGAAGAUGCAGUAUCGAGUAUCAAAGAGAAAUCAGGUCCAUGUCCAGAAUAAGGAUCAGGAGGAGGACGGCGUCCACGAAUCAGGAGGAGAAGAAGAAGAAGAAGAAGAAGAAGAAGAAGGUUUUGUGACAGUAGUUCGAUUUACGCCGGACAACCCAAAUGGGAGAGCUACGGCUUUGUUGAAUUGGAAGUUACUGGUGGUGGAGUUGUUGCCAGAAGAGGAUGCGGUGCUGGUGUUGCUUUUGUGCAUGACGAUACUCUGGAGCGUAUCAGAGAUGACAAGGGAAGACAUUGGGGGACUUUUGAUCAGGAGGAGACUGAAAGAAGCUAAGCUUGGAACCAGAGAUUGGGGCUCUGUUAUGCUUCACCCCUGGUGUACUUCUUCUCCUUCGCUUCAUUCGCCUUAUCUUCUUCCUUGGUAUUGGAAUGCCAGGGCUGUAAUGGCCUCAGCUGAUGAGGAUCCUGCAUCGAGGUUUAAUUACUCCCCUGCCGAAGGUGGUGAUAAGCUCUAUAAGCGAGAAAUUUUGUUCUAGUACAUAUCCAUAUACUCUCCCCCCUCAAGGGUAAAAAGAAGAAGAGACACAGAAUGUGAAAGGGGAAGCCAAGUAAAAAAAAAAUUUUCUUGGUACUUGCUUCUUUUAUAGCUCCUCUCUUGGCAGAAGUAAAUAAGUAAUGUUAUUUUUCUCUCAAUAUUAGAUACAAAAAAUGGGAAAGAUAAUAAUCUAGCUGCAAUUUGGAACAUGGUUGGAAAAUCAGGGUUUUUGAUUGACUCGAUUUGAAUCAAACUAGACCAUGGAGAAUUAUGUUAGUGGUGGGAUUCCGUCUUU